GUAUUAAAAAAUAAAAAUAUUUCCUAAUUCCAUAAUAAUUUAGUUGGACACCUUUAAAUUAUAAUUACAUAUUUAUAGAAAAGUAUUAAUAGAUAUCUCCGAGAGUUAUAAGUUGUCAAAAAUGGAUUUAAGAACAUUCGCCGAAAAUGACUUCAAUCCCAAGGAUUGGAUUAACAGAGCAUGGAAUAUCAGUGAAAAUCAAGAGAAAGAGAUAUUUGUUGCAAACACAGUCACAAGGCUACAACUGUAUAUGAAGCAGCUCAGCAACUCUUUGGAUGAAACAACUACACAGAUCCUCACAUCCAUCCCUCGAGUGCUGCAAGACGUCCAGGGCUUACAGCUCGAAGGUGCGCUACUACAACGCAAGCUGGUGACCCUGGAACAGCAGGUGGAAAGCGUGGAGGAGGAAACGGGGCAGUCCAUCGAGAGCUUGCAGAGGAUUGAUCAGUUGAAGAGUCGGUUGGAGAAUGCAGCGUCCGCAUUACGCGAAGCGGAUAAAUGGGCAGCAUUAGCUACAUCAUUGGAAGACAUCUUGGAAGCGGGAAUACCUUCACAGCUGGAUAAAUUGAACGAACUAGCCGAUUUGGUUGUGGGCAUGACGGAGAGUCUUGAGGUACUCAGCGAUGCGCCAGAUUACGAGAAAAAAUGUACACAAUUGGAAUUAUUAUACAAUAGAUUGGAGGCGGCCAUCAGUCCGCCAUUUAUAGAAGCGCUGACACAAAUGGAUGCGGAGCGCACAACUCCCUACGUGUGUAUAUACCGCGGUAUGUCCCGGUCUCUCUCCGCGCAGCGCUGUUGGCGACGCGCGGCUGCAGCAAGACACGUGGCCGCUUGGAGACGGUUGGAUAGUCACUCGUUGAGUGGGCUCACGAGAAUGUUGGUUGGCGAUGUUGGGAGACAGGUGGAAUGGUUAACAACUGUCUUGAAGUCGGAAACGCCUGUAUCGGAAUUGAUAAAACUCUAUACAGAUUUGCUGCUAUCGCUGGAUCCAUCACCUACUAAGAUAGUAACAGCGAAUUUUAAGUUAUGUCAAAAUACUGAAGAAGGUAUAACAAUGUUGAUUGAUUUGAAGUCUGAUAUCGACGAAUUUAUAGACUGCAUCAUGAGGAUUAUUGACGGGUCUGCUGGGAAAGAAAAAAUCUCGAACGCAACGUUAAAAGAACUGGGCAAAGUUACGUACGCGCCGCUACGUGAAUUGAUGCCGAACUACACGGAACUGCAAACGCAAUUGUUUUUGGCAUAUUUGAAUGAUCCGCAGUUAAAACAGGAGAAUCUUCUAGAUUAUUCUAGAGCGAUACAGUUCAUAGCCGAAAGAAGUGAAGCGUGGUUGAAUUCGGCUUAUUUGAGAGGCAAAAAAAUUGCUGGAGACGCCAUACAAGCAUAUUAUACGCCUGCUAUGGAGACGUACAUAACAGCCAUUUUAAACUUAAUAACAACACACACACGGCACAUAGAAGCGACAUUUCUCAGUUUAUCAGCGCGUGGUCAGCAUGAGGGAGUUCUCAGCGAGGGUUUCUCAGCGUCACUGAUACUGGAGACAGCCACUGGGAUAUUAGUUGAUUUGCUGGUGGAAAGGACAGCGGGUGGGAUCGAGAAAAAAGACGCCCACCCGCUCUACGAUCUAUUCUCUAUACUGGACCAAGACCCCCGUGACACUAGCGCUUCGCCCUCACUCGCAGGGCUCCGCAGGGCACGGGACACUUUGAAAGCCCUAGCUAGGACUAUUUUGAGACACCCUGUAGAUGUGCAAUUAGAUAAAAUACCACAAUUAACAGUGUGGUAUAACAACGACGCUCUAUCUACUGAUCUGCCAGAUUUCGCGUUGUCACCACAAGAAUAUAUUACUGAGAUUGGCCAAUAUUUGAUGACUCUACCUCAACAUUUGGAAUUACAUUUGUCGGAGAAGCAAGCACCAUGGCAGUUCUUAUCUGAGGUAUGCACGUACACGUGUGAAAUGUACGCUGAGAAAAUAAUCAACAUUCGCAACAUGGACGCUCUUGGUACCAAACGGUGUUUAACAGAUAUUGUCUACUUAUCAAGUGUAGUAGAAGAUUUGGGUACAAAUGUGACGCCGGCUUUGAAAAAUUUGGAGAAAUCCUUGCGAGCAGCUACUAGCAGUCAACAUUAAUAUACAAAACUGCUGUGGCGAUUUUGAUGGAACUUUUUGGAC